AUGGCCGAACACCCAUCCUUCACCCUGGCCGCUCUCCUCCCCGCCGGUGGUGCCUUGGGAUACUUCAAGACACGCUCUGCGCCGUCAUUGAUCGCGGGUGUUGGUCUUGGUCUUUCAUAUGGAUAUGCCGGCUACCUGAUCAAAGAAAAUAAAGACUACGGAACCGAGCUGGCGCUGGGGAACAGUGUCCUCUUACUUGGGUCCGCGAUUCCGCGCAUCGUCAAGACGAGAGCUAGAGCUCCGAUGCCGUUGAUUCUUGGCGCGACUGGUCUUCUGGCGGCGUUCUAUUAUCAGAAGAAAGUUCGGGAGUUCCGGUUUGGUGUUUGA